CUCUUUUUAUUCAUUCUUCUGCAAUGGCAUUCUUUUUGUUUGUCUUGUCGGUUCGAGCAGGGAGGGAAGGGGACCGCAGGGGAGAUAACACGAGGGAAAACUUCUCUCUGAUUUUCCUAUCACAUCCCAUCCUGUUCGCGAAACCUCAUGUUCUGAACAGAAGGAAGGUUACGUCAUAUCGCCUCAUGCCUAUUGUUCUCCACAAUCAUGAACGCCAAGGUCAGGACCCGUUCCCCUUGUCCCGUCGCGGUGACUGGCUCUCGACGCCCGCCUCAUCCAAAAGACCACCAGUGCAAUCAACGAGCAUCCCGGCCUGGCGAGUGUGAGUGGUCUGGUUGAAACAGCGCGAGUCGCAUUACAUUCGAAAGAGAGGCGUAAGCUACAGAUGCGUCCGCAUGCACCAGUAUCGCUUUACGCAGCAGCGGGCAGCUCAACGCCGG